CCGCGGGGUUCAAGCUGCUAACUUCGUAAGGAGCAUGUCCGAUUUGCGGUGGGAUGAACAUGAGCAUUCGUUCCAGCACCCAAAGUGAACGACCUCCGACCACAUUUACAAUAGACACCGUCUACAGCAUGGCUCAUCAGUUUGAGCCUCUGCAGAAUGAUCUCAUCCUUCGGACAGCUUGGGGUCAGAAAGUAGAGAGACCACCUAUGUGGGUGAUGCGUCAAGCUGGACGUUAUCUUCCUGAAUACCACGAAGCCAAAGGCAAGCACGACUUCUUCGAAUGCUGUCGUUCCCCAGAGAUUGCGUCCACGUUGACACUACAACCGAUCGAGCGAUUCGCUGGCCUUGUCGAUGCUGCCAUCAUCUUCUCCGAUAUCUUGGUUAUCCCUCAAGCUCUGGGCAUGACUGUUGAGAUGGUUGAUAAGAAGGGACCGCAUUUCCCUGAACCUCUGAAAUCUCCCGAAGACGGUCAAUAUGCUAAGGUCCUCAAGAAAGACGUUGAUGUUGCUGCUGAAUUGGAUUAUGUCUACAAAGCAAUCACUAUGACGAGACAUAAGUUGAAGGGAAGAGUUCCUCUGUACGGCUUCUGUGGUGCUCCAUGGACCCUCUUCUGCUACAUGGUUGAAGGAGGAGGCAGCAAGAUGUUUAUUGAGACGAAGACGUGGAUCUACAAAUACCCCAAAGCCACCCAAGAUAUGCUUCAGAAGAUCGCCGAGGUCUGCGUAGAAUAUCUAGCUCUGCAAGUAAAAGCUGGUGCUCAGAUUUUGCAAGUCUUUGAUUCGUGGGCUGGUGAACUGUCGCCAUCAUCAUUCAAGAAAUUCUCUCAACCUUACCUCGCGUAUAUCUCAAAACACCUUCCAGUUCGGAUAAAGGAGUUGGGUCUGGAACCGGUACCAAUGGUUGUAUUCGCUAAAGGGGCAUGGUAUGCAUUGGAUUCGUUAUGUGACCUGGGAUACCAAGUUGUUGGGUUGGAUUGGUUACAAGACCCGUCCGAGGCAGUCAAAAUCCGAGGAGAUAGAAAGGUAGUCUUCCAAGGCAAUGCGGACCCUGGUGUCUUGUAUGGUUCUCGAGAAGCAAUAACAGCUACUGCCGAGGAAAUGGUAGCAGGUUUCGGUGGAGGGAAACAGGGAUGGAUUGCGAAUCUUGGCCACGGUAUCACUCCCGGCGUGAAGCCAGAUGACUUAGCAUUCUACUUUUCAGAGAUCCAUAGAUUGGCUGGUAGCUGAUGCAUCGAUAUCUUCGAAGUAUAGAUGUCAAUUAUCCUAAUACCCCCCUUGGCUGUGAUGCGCCUCAUGUUCCGUGUUUACUUGGACUUUGAGUAGACUCUCGCCUCUUCUCCAAUGUCCUCAUUCCAGAUUUCGGGCUUUUCCUUGAUGAAUAAUUCCAUCAGAUCUCGACAUUCCUCGUUCUCCAUCACUACCACCUCUAUU